AUGGAUGAAGUGUACCAGAUCUCUUCUACUGAGAAGGUCCAGCAGCUGGAACAAGAACUAGCAGCACAGCUGGCAGAGCUGAAGUCAGAAAUAGAAGACAACAGGAUACUCCAGGGAAUACAGAGAAGGGCAUACAGUUCUGUUGCAAUUCCAAAGGAUGCAUCUUAUUUCAGAAAAGAAAGGGAGGUAAUACUGAAGAAAGCCUUACAGAUUAAGCCUAAAGCAGAUCCCUGGCAGCAAAAGCUUUUGAUAAAACUGAAGCAAUGGAAAAAAGUGGAUAAGCUGAUGGACCUUCAUUCAAAAUUUGUAGAGGUCUCGGACAUAGAGACAGUGGUGGAAGGUCUCCAGGAACAUGCGGCAGCAGUGUUCAAGCCACAUCCUGUGCAGUCAGGUUCUACCGCUUCUUCUCAUGCCUCCGAACAGCAGAGCUACAAUCAUGUCUGGAAGGAGAUCUAUGUCUGCACUGAGCUCCACCAGCAGGUGUGCCUGGGCAUCUUUAACUACUUCAGGUCCAUAGAGAGAAGCCUGACCAUCAGUACCGCCGGCCUCUCCCUCAAGGCCGGCCACCUAAUUCCCAGUGCAGAAGACACCUCCUGGGUCAGUGCUGCCAAAGGAGGCACUGGUGUUUUUGGAGGCCUGAGUUCACAGCCGUAUAUUCACUACACACCAGCUGACUACAAGGUCCACAGUGCUCAGUUCAUGGAGUUUGCAGAGGUGGAAAACCAUGACGACUUCCACACUAGUGAAGAUGGAUAUAUUCACACACAGGACCAGUAAGGUCUUUACAUAAUAUAUGAUGUGGCUUUAGAGGACCUGAAGGAGCUUGAGAACCAGCUGCUGCUUGUGGCCAGCCAGUACAUUGAGAAAGAUAAAAGCAAUGUAGCUUGUGAGCAAUUCAGUAGCAGCAACAUCCGUGGCUGGGCACAUGCUUCUGUGGCUCGAUGUGCUAUGCUGCUUGACCUCUGGACCUGUGAAACUGCUCUCUUGGAAAAAAAAAAACAACUUCUAGAUGUUUACUUCGACGCUUACCAACAUGCUUUGGAUCCAGAGGAAAGAUUUGCUUUGGCCCAAGCAAUAAUGGACAUCAUGCAUAAACGUCCACAGCUUGAUCUCAAGCUUGACUAUUUUGUCAACGCCUACGAAAAUGAAUGCUUCUGUUUACAACUUCACCUCCAACUGCUGAGGGACAUAGUAAACCAACAGAUAGAUGCCCAGAGGGAAUACGUCCACAAGAUUUGGCGGGAAGGUCAGAGAGGUGGCAUUGGUGAAUUUGGACUUCCUUAUAAUAUAAUUACUAAGCAGCUUAUCUCUCUUAACACUAGCCGUCCUACUUUGAAGAACAUUUAUUUGCUGGAGUUUUACCCUUCUCUUGGUCUGAUGUGCUUGAUCCCCAAAGCUCUUCAGUAUAUCUACCAGGAAUUCUACAGCAUCUGCAGACCAAAAACAGCCAGUAAAGCAAGCAAUCUAGAAAAACAAGUACUUCAGCUAGUAGUUGAUGAGUGGCUAACGGAAAAAACAGAAACUUUGUACAGCUCUCAGAUUCAAAAAGAUGUUCUAAAAGCUUUUGCAAUGGAAGCAGGUUUUGGGGAGUUCCAUUUGUAUCUGAGGCCUGUGCUGUUUGAAUCCGCAUCUCAUAGGGAGAAAGCAGACCAUGUCCCACCAGUAUUCAUUACAUCUCUCCUGGAAGAUGGCAGCUGUGUUGACAGGUUGAUGGAACUUUUCUUUGUGUUUCACAGGGCAUAA